CCCUCCCAACCCCCCGCUCCGGCCCGGUGGCCUCCCGGAGCACCGAGCCGGGCACCUGGCGCCCUGGCCGCCAUGAAGCAGCUGUGCGUGUGCGCCGCCGCCUCCUGCGCGGUAGGGCCAGGGGAGGGGGCGCGGGAGCGGGCGGGGCUCGGGCCCUAACUCUCCCCUCCCUGCCCGCCCCUCCCCGCCCCUGGCUGGGCCAGCACCGGACCCCCGCCCCCAGACCCGGGAAGGACCGGCAGUGAGGGGGGUGCGGGAGGAGGGGGGCAGAGGUCGAGGGAUGGAUAUUUGGGGAGACAUGGGGAUGUUUGGGGAGGCAGCUUUGAGAACAGAAGGGGACACGGGAAAAUGUAGAGGGCAUUUGGAGGGACGGUUUCGGGGACCCGUUUUGGGUGAGUUCAUUUGAGGGGAUAAUUUGGACUAUGUUUUAAGGAACCAUUUUCGGGAAAAUAUAGUGACAUUUGGAGUAUAAUUUCAGAGAACAUUCAAGGGAUAUUUUUGGAAGGACAUUUUUAGGCCAGAUGUUGGGGUCAUUUGGGGGGAUGAUUUUGGAGACACUUCGGAAAUUUGGGGAAGACGUUUUGGAAUGUAUUUCACGCUACGGUUGUUUAGAGCACGGAUCUUGGGACAUUUAGGGGACGAUUGUGGCAUUUCAGGGACAGUUUAAGAAGGAUAGAUGACAGAUGGUUCUGGAAGACAUUUAAAGGGACCCUUUUAGGGGUUCCCAUGGGAAGAUUUUGGAGGUGGGGGUGAUGUUUGGAAAGGUGGCUUUCACUAAAGGGCUGGCUGGGGACAAUUUCUGGAAAGAUGCGGGGGGGGGAAUUUAAUGGGACAAUGAUGGUAAUGGCUGUCGUAUGGACCUGGGAGCCGCCGCUGGGGGAUGUAGGCUUGGGGGACGCUGUCUCAGACCCCCGCCCAGGACUACCUCCCCCUGCAGCUGCGGCUCAGCCCCGCUGACCUUGGCUCCUGCCCGCCCUGUGGCCCCUGCCCCAUCCCGAAGCCGGCCGCCAGAGGCAGGCGCCAGGCAAGUGCCCGAGGGCAGGCAGUGAAGCCUGGAGCCCCGGCCAGGGGGGGGGCAGGGAGGGGGCCGCGAUCGCCUGGCCCCACUCUCCUCUGGGUGUGCCCUGUAGAGCCAGGAGUGGGGCAAAAGUGACGAGCGGCUGCUACAGGCGGUGGAGAACGACGACGCUGCACGGGUGGCCGCUCUCAUCACCCGCAAGGGGCUGGUGCCCACGAAGCUGGACCCCGAGGGCAAGUCCGCAUUCCACCUGGCUGCCAUGCGGGGAGCAGCCAGUUGCCUAGAGGUGAUGCUGGCGCAGGGCUCCAACGUCAUGAGCACCGAUGGGGCAGGUUACAAUGCCCUCCACCUGGCGGCCAAGUAUGGGCACCCACAGUGCUUGGAGCAGCUGCUACAGGCGUCCUGCGUGGUGGAUAUCGUGGACAGCAGUGGAUGGACAGCCCUGCAUCAUGCAGCGGCUGGCGGUUGCAUUUCCUGCUCAGAAAUCCUUUGCUCUUUCAAGGCACAUCUGAGUCCCCGAGAUCGGUCAGGUACGACGCCCCUUAUCAUAGCCGCUCAGAUGUGUCACACAGAUCUGUGCCGCCUCCUCCUGCAGCAGGGGGCUGCCGCAAAUGACCAGGAUCUGCAGGGCAGGACAGCCCUGAUGCUGGCCUGUGAGGGGGCCAGCCCCGAAACAGUGGAGGUGCUGCUUCAGGGCGGGGCCCAGCCGGGCAUCACCGACGCCCUGGGCCAGGAUGCUGCCCACUACGGCGCCCUGGCGGGAGACAAACUCAUCCUGCACCUCCUGCAGGAGGCAGCUCAGCGCCCCUCACCACCCAGUGAGGACGACUCGGGCGAGGCAUCGUCUCAGAACUCUGUGUGCAGCCACGAAAAGCGAGGGGCCCCCAAGAAGCGGAAAGCGCCUCAGCCCCCUGCCAGCAUCCCCAUGCCGGAUGAUCGCGAUGCCUACGAGGAGAUCGUGCGGCUGCGCCAGGAGAGGGGCCGCCUGCUGCAGAAGAUCCGGGGCCUGGAACAGCACCAGGAACGGAGGAAACAGGAGCUGCCGGAGACAGAGGCCAGCUCCCUACACAGCCUGGAGAGACAGGUACAAGAGCUGCAGCAGCUGCUGGCGGAGAAGCAGGAAGAGAAGGAGAGCCUGGGACGCGAGGUGGAGAGUUUGCAGAGCAGGCUGUCCCUGCUGGAGAAUGAGCGGGAGAACACGAGCUAUGACGUGGCCACCCUGCAGGAUGAGGAAGGUGAACUGUCUGACUUUCCAGGGGCUGAGGCUCUGCUCUCCAAACGGCUAAGCCCCUCGGCCCAGGAGCUCUUGGCCUCACUGCGGGAGCAAGUGGCUGCACUCACCAGACAAAACCAGGAGCUGAUGGAGAAGGUCCAGAUCCUGGAGAGCUUUGAGAAGGAUGAGAUGGAGGUAAACGGGUCAGCCGAGGUCAUCCCCCUGGCCCUCUAUGACUCUCUCCGGGCUGAGUUUGACCAGCUCCGCAGGCGGCACGCCGACGCCCUGCGGGCACUGGAGCGACAGGAAGCACAGCACGGCCCUGGAGAAGAGGAGGCGGCCCCUGGGGAGGGCAAGGGCACGGGAGUCAAGACCACCAGGGACGGGCCGAUGGAAAUGGAGCUUAAUGGCACCACGGCUCCGGGAACCAAAGUUGACGGAGCCGAGGCCACAGACGACGGGGCCGCGGGAGAUGAAACCGUGGAAGCGGCAUCCACGGGGGCCGAGGCCACGGAAACAAAACCCACAGGCGCCGAGGCCACGGAACCAAAACCCACAGACGCCGAGGCCACGGAAACAAAACCCACAGGCGCCGAGGCCACGGAAACAAGAUCCACAGGGGGCGAGGCCACGGAAACAAGAUCCACGGGGGGCGAGGCUGCAGAAACAGAGGCUCCAGAAGAGGGAGGAAACCCCGAAGCCGAGGCCACAAAGCCAAAAGCCGAGGAAGCAGAGAUGAAGGCCAACGGAGUGGGUGAGGUGGCGGCGGAGCUUCCGGGCACAGAGACCACCCACGUGGAGGCCACAGCCCCGAGGGGCCCCCUGGGCGCCGUCCUGCACCCUGGUGCUGCGGAGGCCUCAGAACAGCUGCAAGCGGAGCUGGAGACCAGGAUCCGUGGCUUGGAGGAGGCACUCCGGCAACGGGAGCGGGAGGCGGCCGCCGAGCUGGAGGCGGCCCACGGCAAGCGCCAGGCGGCGGAGGCCGAGGCUGGCCGGCUCCGGGAGCGGAUGCGCGAGGCUGAGGGUGGCGGAGCCUCGGGGGGCGGCGGCGGCGGCGGCGGCGGCGGCGGCGACGCGGUGCAGCUGCGAGCCGCCCUGGAGCAGGCCCGCGAGGACCUCCGAGUCCGGGACUCCCGGCUCCGGGAGCUGGAGGCGACCUCGGCCCGGCUGGACGAGGCCCGCGCUGGCCGCCUGCUGGCCGAGGAGGAGGCCCGGGGCCUGCGGGCAGAGCUGGCCCGGCGGGAGGAGGCGCGGCUGGAGCAGAGCCGGGAGCUGCAGGUGCUCCGCGAGCAGCUGGCCGCCGCCACGGCCGCCGGGGAACAGCAGCGGGCGGUGGCUGCCGAGCUGGGCCGCGCGCGGGAUGCGGCCGAGGCCCGGGCGGCCGAGCUGGCGGCGGCCUGCGAGGAGGCCCGGCGGGGCCUGGCGGAGCUGCGGGAGGCCUCCGAGGCCCUGCGUCAGUCGGCCGUGCCGGCCUCCGAGCACCACCGGCUGCAGGAGGAGGCCCUGGAGCUGCGGGGCCGGGCGGCCGGCCUCGAGCAGGAGGUGGUGGCCACCGGCAAGGAGGCCGCCCGGCUGCGCGCCGAGCUGGAGCGGGAGCGCGCGGGGAGCGUGGCCCGCCUGGAGCACGAGCGCGUGGUGGGCGCCUUGCAGGCCGACGUGGCCCGGCUGGAGGGGCAGCUGGAGGAGCUGGCACGACGGCACGAGAAAACCAGCGCGGAGGUGUUCCAGGUCCAGAGGGAGGCGUUAUUCAUGAAGAGUGAACGUCACGCGGCCGAGGCCCAGCUGGCCACGGCAGAGCAGCAGCUGCGGGGGCUUCGCACCGAGGCCGAGCGGGCACGCCAGGCCCAGAGCCGUGCCCAGGAGGCCCUGGAUAUGGCCAAGGAAAAGGACAAGAAGAUUACAGAGCUGUCCAAGGAAGUCUUCAGUCUCAAGGAGGCCCUGAAGGACCAGCCGGCCGCCCCAGGCCUCUCGGAGGUGGAGGCCCUCCGUGGCCAGGUUAAGACUCUACAGGAGCAGCUGGAGCAGGCUGCCAGGGACCACAGCGCAGUGGUGGCCUUGUAUAGGAGCCACCUCCUGUAUGCCAUUCAGGGUCAGAUGGACGAAGAUGUGCAGCAGAUUCUGAGCCAGAUCGUACAGAUGCAGAGGCUUCAGGCUCAGGGCCGCUGAGCAUCAGAACGCUGGCCUUCCGCCCGCCAGGCCCCGCGCAGGGGUGUCCGGGCUCCCACACUGGCCCCCCUAACUCGCAGACCAGCCUGGGCCCUCCCGACCGCCCCUGGCUGUGUCCACCGCCCCACUGGCCCCCCUGCACACGCUGGCCAGUGUCAAGGCCAGCCCUGACCGUCCCCCGCCCCCACUGGAGAAUCUGUGGUCCCCUCUCCUGCGUCCUAUCUGUCCUGUCUGUCCCGUAGCCAGGCAGCACCCCGGACCCCAGAA